CCUCCACGCAUGCACAAAAAAGCAAAAAUGGCGGAGAGUGAUGAUGAGGUUGGCCUCGUUGACGUGAAGAUGGAGGAUGGAGGGGAAGCUAGCGAAGACUUCACAUUCCAAGAUUUUACCAAAGUAGAUGAUAUAAAUAAUCUUAACACUGUUGGUAACAUUGGUGAAGAACCUGGAAGAACAGUCCCUGCUAAUCUCAAAACACAAUCACUAGAGGACCUCUCUGAUGAUGAUGAAGAAGAUAAAACAGAGCUUUUAGCGGGACAGCGAAAACAACCACCCUUCUGGACAUUUGAAUAUUACCAAACCUUCUUUGAUGUUGAUACAUACCAGGUCCUUAGGAGGAUUAUUGGAUCAAUGGUACCAGUCUACAAGAAAAACUACCUUGUAUCUUUCAUUCGUCCAAAUCCUGAUCUUUAUGGUCCCUUCUGGGUUUGUGCAACACUUGUAUUUACCACAGCAAUAUCUGGUAACCUGGCAAGCUAUCUGAUCAACAGUGGAGAACAUGAGUGGGUGUAUGAUUUCCACAAAGUUACUCUGGCUGCAGCUGCCAUCUACACAUAUGCCUUCCUUAUACCAACAGCUCUUUGGGGAGUUCUUCUUUGGAGAAGAAGCAAUGCAGGAUAUUCCUUUCUAGAGAUACUCUGUGUUUAUGGUUAUUCCUUGUCCAUUUAUGUCCCAAUAUCAGUGUUAUGGGUUGUCCCAUUGGAAUGGUUAAGGUGGUUUCUUGUCAUGAUAGGAAUGAUUCUCUCAGGUGCUGUACUGUUGUUAACAUUUUGGCCAGCAGUUGAAGAUGAUGACAAGAAGAUAGCUGGCAUUCUUCUUGCGGUCAUAUUUCUCCUGCAUGGCCUUUUGGCUGUUGGAUUUAAGUUGUAUUUCUUCCAUGCUCCACCUGAACCAGCCUCACUGGUGACACCAACAAACAGAACGACAACAUGAGGAAGAAGAAGGAAAGAUACAGAGUAUUUAAGUGCACAGCGGUUGACCACCAGAAAUUCACUAACUAACAACUCUUUAACAAGAUUAUUUCUGAAGUCGUGGAUUGCAUAGCAGCAGUGAAUGUAUUCCUCAGUCAUGGAUUUCAGAGAUUUAAAAGUUCAUAGUCAUCUUAAAAAGAUGGAAAAGAUGUAAAAUUAUUUAUGGGGCUUGUUAAAAAUUAAACUGAAACAAGCAGUGGGUACCUAUUGCAGUUUACAGCCUGCUCAUAGUAGAAUGGUCGGGUGCCUUAAAGUGGCACCUGCUCUAAAGGGCAUGAUACCCAGCCUUAAAAAGCCUUUAUGAGCACUAUUAAUAUCCUGGCCAUGGACAAAAGAAGGUCACUUAUGGCAUUUGAACUUUGAUGAAGUUAAGCUCUAGUGAUUUGGUCUGCAUUCUCUAUGAAACUCAUUUUUCAUUUAUUAAUAUCCGUUCAUAUGGAAUACUGUAAUUGUAUUGAGCAAUGAAUGUAGUAAAGUUUCACAUGGAACAUUAAAUUACUUAAGGUUAAUAUACCCUUAUAUGAUGUUUUUAGGCAGGAGUUAUAAAAAAAAGGUUGUUUCAAAAAGGAGAAAUAAAUUUGAAAAUCCAAAAGCAGGUGUCAUUAUUGCUUUCUCUUUCUCUGUUUUAAUCUUGAUGCCAAAAUGAAUUCUUCAACCCAUGCUGGUUGAAACAACUGUUUAACAGGAAAGUGAGCAAACUUCCAUUAUAUGCUGAUUGACUUAAAAUACACAUGAUUCAUCAAAUCAGAACUAAAUAUUGAGUCUUGUUUGCUGAACCAUGGCGAAAAAUUCCUUGACUAACCUUGAGAAUAUGCAUGGUCCUUAAAAAAAGUUGCUGAAUUUAACAAACUUUCCCACAUCCUCAUUGAAUUCUACCAUUUUGAUGUUGCUCGUUGCAUGGUUACAUUACAAGCUUUUUCUCUUAGCUAUCCAUCUCUGUGGCCUUCACAGGAGAUAAAUGGAAAAAUUGUUUGACUUCUUUGUAAGUGCCACUUUAAAUUCAAAUAAACCUCCACCCCAAAGGUGUUAACGGAGAAAUAGGAAACUUUGAAUUUAAUUAUGGCCUUAUCUACAUUUAUACUCAGAGAUAUUUUUAACGUUUCUCUGACUUGUUUUUGUGAAAUAAUAUAUCUGGAUGAAAAAUUCAAGUUUUUCUGAGACAGUUGUAGGUAUUGUUUAUGAAGUUAAAUAUUAAAGAACUAUCAGGAGUCA